AUGGCGUCUGUCUAUGGCGGGUCUGACAACUGGGAGGCCAUCGUUAAGGGCGGCCAGUCCAAGCUGCAGGAGGCGAUCAAGUGCGGUGGCCUGAGCGUCGUGAAGUCCCGCGUCAUCAUCAGCAUUCUCAACCAAGUCCACGAGAAAUACGGGAAAUACUCACUCGACCACCUACACACCACAUCGACAGAGGACGCGAUGACGGAGCUGAUCAGCUUCCAGGGUGUUGGCCCGAAGACUGCGUCUUGUGUGUUGCUGUUCUGUUUGCAAAGGGAGGAUUUCGCGGUUGACACGCAUGUAUAUCGGAUUACUGGAUUGUUGGGGUGGCGGCCGCAGAAGGCGAAUCGGGAGGAGACGUAUGCGCAUUUGAAUGUCCGGGUGCCGGAUGAGGAUAAGUAUGGGUUGCAUAUAUUGUUGGUGGGGCAUGGGAAGAAGUGUGAUGAGUGUAAGGCGGGCGGGAGGAAUGUGGGCAAGUGUGAGUUGCGGAAGGCGUUUAGGAAGGAGAAGACGGAGAAGGGGGCUUUGAAGGAAGAGGCUGACGAAGAGGUGGAGGAUGUCAAGACGGAGGAGAUGGACGAGGAGGACUAG